AUGUUGAAACGAGCCAUUGGUCUCAUAUGGAAAAACGAGGGUCCCUACGAGAACUGGACGAGACGCCAGUUAUUAGACCGCAUUAAGGAAUUGGAAUCCAUGACUAGUGAGUCCACAAGUGUUGAAACCACCAAGAAGAAUCACACAUCUAAUGAACCCCCGGCCAAGAAACCAAAACGCAAGUUUGACUUUUCGGGCCAUUCGAAACGGUUUAUUGCUCUUAGAUUCGCAUACGCUGGCUGGAACUACAACGGGUUGGCGUUCCAGAACGAACCUACACCUUUGCCUACAGUAGAACAAGAAAUCUUGGAAGCACUCACGAAAGCUCGUCUCAUUACUGAACCUGAUCCUUUAGUGUGCAAUUUUUCCCGCUGUGGCAGAACCGACAAAGGAGUCAGUGCCAUGAACCAAGUGAUUAGUCUCGAAGUCCGCAGUGGCUUAACAGAAGAACAGAGAUCACAGCCAGGAGCAGACCAAAAGGAGAUUCCCUACAUUACUAUACUCAACUCAUUACUUCCACCAUCCAUUCGAAUUACAGGUAUAUGCUUAAAUCCUCCGCCAGGAUUCGAUGCUCGGUUUUCCUGUUCCUAUCGUCACUACCGUUAUAUAUUCCGCCGGUAUGACUUGGAUCUUGAAGCCAUGACCGAGGCUGCAAAAAAGUACGAAGGUGAACAUGAUUUCCGUAACUUUUGCAAGAUUGACGGAUCAAAGCAAAUCACCAAUUAUGGCCGCACCAUCUUGAGUGCCAAUAUUAUGCCUUUAAAAGACGACUACUAUGUUUUCGAUCUUAAAGGAACCGCUUUCUUGUGGCAUCAAGUGCGGUGCAUGAUGGGCAUUCUCUUCCUCGUGGGUCGCAAGCUCGAAAAGCCAUCAUUGGUGGAUGAACUUUUGAAUGUGGACGUCAACCCUAACAAGCCCAAUUAUGAUAUGGCCAAUGAUGUGCCUCUUGUGUUGUACGACUGUGUGUUUCCCGAUAUAGAGUGGACCGCAGCAACGGAUACGGCAGGUGCUGAAUCGAAAAUACUCAAAGAAAGAGCACUCAUGCGCCAGCAAGUAUUAGACCAUUCCAUCAAAGCUCAAAUAAUAGGCAUGCUUGAAGAUGUGUUUGUGGGGGAUAAUUCUCGAAUGCAGGGGUUGACCAAAGGUGGAGGUAUCAUAGAUAUUGGUGACGGAAAGGGUCGUAAUUUCAAGAAGUAUACGCCCGUUAUGCAACGUGAUCGAACCGAUCUGUUUGAGGUGAUCAAUGCGAGGUGGUUGGCAAAGGGAAAGAAGAAGUCGGAUUUGAAGACCGAAUAA